UCUCUAGUCUCCUCCGAUCCAUUUUGUUUUCUCUCUCUCUCUCUCGAGAGAGAGAUCUUGCUUACCUCCAAUAUCGAUUCCUCUUGUUAGUCCCCGAUCUGAUUAACAAAUUUGAUAUCUGUCUUCUUCUUCUUCUUCUUCUUCUUCUGUGUGUGAUCCGUUAAUCUAGCAGGGACCCUAAGAUCGCACUCUGAGCUCGGGAUUAUCCGAUGGUGGUCUGCAAAUGCAGAAAGGCUACGAAGCUGUAUUGCUUUGUUCACAAGGUCCCUGUUUGUGGGGAAUGCAUUUGCUUCCCGGAGCAUCAAACUUGUGUGGUCCGGACUUAUUCCGAAUGGGUGAUAGAUGGAGAGUAUGACCCGCCGAAAUGUUGUCAAUGCCAAGCAACAUUUGAUGAGGGGGGAGGUCUUCAAGUCACUCGUUUGGGUUGCUUGCAUGCUAUACACACAAGUUGCUUGGUUUCUCUUAUCAAGAGUUUUCCUCCCCAUACUGCACCUGCUGGUUAUAUCUGCCCUUCUUGUAGCACCCCUAUAUGGCCUCCUAAGAUGGUAAAAGAUGCAGGAUCUCGGCUUCAUGCACAGUUAAGGGAAGCGAUUUUGCAGACUGGCCUUGAGAAGAAUCUAUUUGGGAACCAUCCAGUUUCGCGAGCCUCUGAAUCUCGUAGCCCACCCCCUGCAUUUGCGUCAGAUGCAUUGAUUAAUGUAUCAUCAUCUUCUUCUCAUACACAAGAAGGGAAGAAUCUUCCUGAUGGUUAUUCAGUAGCUGGCAAUGGAGAAUAUUCCAAAUCUGCGGUUUCAGAGAUAGUUGAAAUAGAUGUUCCUGCUUCUGCUGGGAAUUACAUGAAAUCCUCAAGCCCUGGAUUUGCUGCUGCUGCUGCUCGGAAAGGUGUACCCGCUGUGGACAGACAGAACUCUGAGACUCUAUAUUAUGCAGACGACGAAGACGGGAAUAAAAAAAAGUACUCAAGAAGAGGUCCUCUUCGUCACAAGUUUUUGCGGGCUUUACUACCAUUCUGGUCAAAUGCAUUACCAACUCUACCCGUGACUGCACCACCUCGUAAAGAUGCAACAAAGGGAGAAGAGGGUUCAGAAGGACGUGUAAGACAUCGAUCAUCAAGGAUGGAUAUAAGAAAAAUACUCCUUUUCAUAGCAAUCAUAGCUUGUAUGGCAACAAUGGGGAUCUUGUACUACAGACUUGCACAACGGGUAAUUGGUCAAGAAGUACCCGAUGAGGAGCAGCAAUGAAAGGUAAUAUCGUAUCGGACAGGAUGAUAAGACUGGCUCAGCAUAGAUACUCCUUGCUUAUCCAAAUCAGUUUGCCCAGCUUUAGAUCCUUUUGGACGUCUAGAAAUGUUAAUUUCGAGAAUUGUGGGAUUCGGUUCUUUGAUUGUCAUCUGUUUCUGUUUCUUGACAUGUUUGGUAUAGACGAAAAUGCAAUUUAUGGACGCUUAGCAUUUUCUAUUUUCAACAUUUUGUGCGCU